AUGCCGCUGUAUUCGAGUACUGGCGAAAAUAUUGGUGGUCACAAAGCCAUAGUCUAUAACUGUCGGACAUCGAACGAGUGGGAAAAUGACAUGGCAUUGGCCGUUACUCACUUUCCAAGCCAAAAACUAACCUUUGCCAUGCUGUUCGGCGCCUCGGAAGAGCAGGAAAGAAGCGUCUUGACACGUCUCAGAAAGGCAGGCGCAGAUACAGCUCACCCGAUGCUCCUUCCGGGAAUACUGGCAGAGCUGGAGCGUAUCAGGCAAAUGGAUGCCGUGGACGAGAUGAUCAAUGAUCUGGAAGAACAGAUUUACCAGAUCGACAACCAGACUGUCGCAACUUGGAACCUCAGCCAACAGACAAAGGCCGAAAGGAACAAGCAGAAAAGGAAAGCCUGGCUCGACGCCACCUUCCUGAGAAACCUUUUAGCGGCCAAUACCGCCUUGUUACUCAAAAUGCGUAGGCACCUCGACGAGUUUCCCAUUUUGGUUGGCCAUUCAAGCACGGCGAAAUGCUGCCAACAUGUGUGUCGUCAACAGCCUACACUUGUCGACGACCUUGCUUAUACGGGCACCCGACCUGGCACUCCACAGUCUUUGGUUCGCAUUGCCAACCUCUGGCCUCUCCCCGAUCCACCGAUUCAUGGGUCCGAGUCUUUGAUGGGUUGGAACACAACCCAUGUUGGCUCAGACCCUGAAAGUUCUGAAAUCGAGGCAAAGUACGAGGACCUUCUUCACCAGGCGGCUAGUAGGAUGAAGGAUAGACUUGUCGCCAUCAUCAGCGAAUACGAUGACAAGAUUAGGGCUUGUACUAUGGAAGUUGACGGCAUGGCAAUGGCAACACAAUGGUCCCAGGGAGAAACAAACAUGGAAAUUGCAACAGCUACCGGCGAGGACUCAAGCCAGAUGCGGUCCAUCGCGCUGGUUACCAUGGUAUUCCUCCCGGGGACUUUCUUCGCUUCUAAUACUCAACCCCCCUGUCAGAGCAUGUUCUCCAUGACGUUCUUCGACUGGAACCCUGAUCCCGAUAGUAACCACCCCGUUGUUUCUGGGAACAUUUGGAUCUACUUUUUGGCCACUACCGUCUUUACACUCAUCACUCUCCUGCUCUUUUGGUACUUCAUUCUGUCCCGGCAGAGAAGAAGGAGAUUGCCACAGGAUUCCUCAGGCCCUGAAUGA